CUGUCUGGCACGCGUUUCGCUUUACUUUCCAUCUUUAAUCAUCCCUCCCCGGGCGUUAAGAUCACAGCCAUGGCUCCCCCUCUGAAUUGUGUAACAGUACGAGGACCGCCCACCUGUCCCUUCCCUUUCCUAUGUGGCCAAUGUGUUCAGGAAAUACUAUUAUCCGAGCCCGGACCAAAGACUCGGCGCACUGGAGGGGAGAAAAAUCCACUUUUAAAACUUGAACAGGAGUGUGUUGGUGCUCUCAGAAUGUCGGUGGGAGCCGGGGGGGAAAGUCCCGAGCACUCCGGGCUGCUCAAGUUCUCUUCCGCGGUGUUUUACGCAGGCAGCUCGUUCCUCAUCACCGUGGUGAACAAAACCGUGCUGACGAGUUUCAGAUUUCCCUCCUACUUGUGUUUGGGAAUUGGACAGAUGAUCACCACCAUUGUUGUCCUCUACGUGGCCAAAGCGAACAAAACCGUGCAGUUUCAAGACUUCGACAGGAGCAUUUUCUUGAAAAUUUUCCCUCUUCCCUUGUUUUACAUUGGAAACCAUGUAACAGGACUGGGAAGCACCAAAAAACUCAGUUUACCCAUGUUUACUGUCCUACGGAAAUUCACUAUACUGAUGACAAUGGUCCUGGAGGGAUUAAUACUAAGAAAAACAUUUCCAAGGCACAUUAUUUACAGCGUUGUGGCCAUAGUUUUUGGAGCCAUUGUUGCUGCAAGCUCUGACCUGGCCUUUGACGUGGAGGGCUACACGUUCAUUCUGCUCAACGAUGCCUUCACUGCAGCCAGUGGCGUGUACACCAAGAAGAAACUUGGUGAUCAGGGUCUUGGGAAGUAUGGUGUCUUGUUUUACAAUGCACUUAUAAUUGUCAUUCCCACUCUCCUGGCGAGUGCAUUCACUGGUGAUUUACACAAGGCCAUCGCGUUUGAGGACUGGGUCAGCGUCACAUUUGUCUGCUGCUUUCUCAUGUCCUGCUUCAUGGGGUUUGUCCUGAUGUACUCGAUAAUCCUGUGCAGCUAUUAUAACUCAGCACUUACCACCUCAGUGGUUGGAGCACUAAAGAAUGUGGCUGUGGCAUAUAUUGGCAUCUUUGUGGGUGGAGACUACCUGUUCUCCUGGACUAACUUCCUUGGUCUCAGCAUUUGUAUGUCAGGUGGACUAGUGUAUUCAUACCUCACCUUUAAGAACACACAAUCAUCUGGAGGUAACAAAGAAGGGGCGGAGGAGCAUAAGAUUCACAUCGGCACAGAAUCGCCACGGAAGAUUUAA